AUGUCGGACGUGGAGCAGCUCUUGCGCAGCUUGUUGGACACUAUCGCCACUGAAUACGAUUACAAAGACUGUGAAACUAAACUGCAGUCGUUUUCUACGGGAGGGGCCAACUACACUUCUCAAUUGCACCACAUCACGCUAUCCGCAACAGGGAAGGAUGACCUCAAACUGUUUGCGAAAUCGGCUAUUGUCAACGAGAAUAUACGAGCUGAAGCGCGAUCAGAGAUAUUCGAAACUGAAAUGUUUUUCUACUCGGAAUUGCUCAAGCAGUUUCAAGUGAUUGAGAACGAACACAACGUUCCGAUAGAAUAUAGGCUUUCUACUCCAAAAUUAUACGGUUGCAGUAGAGAAUAUUUGAAAGAAAUUCUAGUACUCGAAGAUUUAUCGGCACAGGGCUUUCAUACUCACGAUAGAUUGAAGAGUUUUGAUUGGAAUUACGCCUCCAAAUCAGUCACAGAACUGUCCAAAUUACAUGCUCUAUCUAUCGCCCAUAGCAAAGAAUACCCUGAGAAGUUUGAUGCACUGUACACGAAGUUCAAGCUACGCACAGACGUGGAGAGCUCUAAGAGCACGCAUAUUAUGGAAUGCAUAAUACGCAUGGCUAUGGCGGUUAUCAAAGAAGAAAACAAAUCCAAAGUACAAGCGUUCCUACAGAAGUUUAAAAAUAAUGAAUUCAACAAAUUCCUCAUGCCAUUCCGUCGGCCUUUGAUUGCACAUGGAGACUUUAGACAGAGUAACUUAAUGCACAGAACACGAGAGGAUGGACAGUUAGAAGUGGUACUACUAGACUACCAGACGCUUCAAAUCUCCAACCCGAUCAUUGAUCUGGUGUACUUUAUCUUCAGCGGAUCCGAUGAAGAGUUUCGUGCUAAACACUAUCGCCAACUCCUCGACCAUUACUACUUGGAACUUUGCAACGCUCUUACUAGGUUGGGUGUUGACGCCAACGAGGUGUACUCAAAGGACGAUUUUGAAUACGAAUUGGAAAAGAUUCAGCCAUACGGUCUGAUGAUCAGCUUAGUUUUGCUGCCGAUGGUGACCGUUGAAUCUGAAAACGCGCCAAAAAUGGACGGCGAUAAUGACAUCAGGGUUUUCGCGAUCAAACCGAACGAACUCGCAGCAACUAGAUUGAAUGGAGUCAUCAAUGAUUUUGUUAGGCUAGGUGUAUUGUGA